AUGAGUGGCGGGGCUCAAAAGGGCACAGAGUUCAAGCAAGAACACCAGUCUGCAGCCUCUUAUGCAGAUCCGCAUUACGAUUGUAAAUCUCCACUAUCUUCUGUAUUGACUUCUCAGUGUCUGACCCGGCAUGUGUGUGUGUGUUUUUUAUCUGUCCAGGCCCUGGAUGUGGAUCGCAGUGUUCUCUACAAAAUGAAGAAGUCAGUCAAGGCCAUCUAUGCAUCUGGUCUGGCCCACGUGGAGAAUGAAGAGCAGUACACUCAGGCCCUGGAGAAGUUUGGAGAAAACUGCGUGUACAGAGACGAUCCUGAUCUGGGUUCAGCCUUCCUCAAGUUCUCGGUCUUCACCAAGGAGCUCACUGCGCUUUUCAAAAACCUUUUCCAGAACAUGAACAACAUCAUCACCUUCCCUCUGGACAGCCUGCUGAAAGGAGACCUGAAGGGUGUCAAAGGGGAUCUGAAAAAGCCUUUCGACAAAGCUUGGAAGGACUACGAAACCAAAGUUACCAAGAUAGAGAAGGAGAAGAAGGAGCAUGCAAGACAACAUGGGAUGAUUAGGACAGAAAUCAGCGGGGCAGAAAUCGCUGAAGAGAUGGAGAAGGAGAGAAGAUUCUUCCAGCUGCAGAUGUGCGAGUAUCUCCUCAAAGUCAACGAGAUCAAAAUCAAGAAAGGAGUGGACCUGCUGCAGAACCUCAUAAAGUACUUCCAUGCACAGUGCAAUUUCUUUCAGGAUGGUUUGAAAGCCGUAGACAACCUGAAACCUUCCAUUGAGAAACUGGCCACAGAUCUGCACACGAUCAAGCAGGCGCAGGACGAGGAGAGGAAGCAGCUAACUCAGUUACGAGACGUCCUCAAAUCGUCUCUACAGGUGGAGCAGAAAGAGGAUUCCCAGGUGCGGCAGAGCACCACCUACAGCCUGCAUCAACCGCAGGGCAACAAGGAGCACGGCACCGAGCGCAGCGGCUUCCUUUACAAGAAGAGCGACGGGUUGAGGAAAGUUUGGCAGAAAAGAAAAUGCACAGCAAAGAACGGAUACCUCACCAUCUCACACGGCACGGCGAACCGACCGCCUGCCAAGCUCAACCUGCUCACCUGCCAGGUGAAACACAAUCCCGAGGAAAAGCGAAGCUUUGACCUCAUAUCGCAUGACAGAACGUAUCACUUUCAGGCCGAGGACGACCAGGACUGUCAGAUCUGGAUCUCGGUGCUGCAGAACAGUAAAGAGGAGGCCUUGAAUCAGGCCUUUAAAGGGGACCAUCAUGUUGGGGAGAACAACAUUGUGCAGGAGCUGACCAAGGCGAUACUGGGGGAAGUCAAGAGGAUGACAGGAAACGACGUAUGCUGUGACUGCGGAGCCCCCAAUCCCACGUGGCUGUCCACCAAUCUGGGCAUCCUGACCUGUAUUGAAUGUUCGGGGAUCCACAGGGAGCUAGGAGUCCAUUACUCCCGGAUCCAGUCGCUCACUCUGGAUGUCCUCAGCACCUCAGAACUCUUGCUGGCCAAGAAUGUGGGGAAUGCAGGAUUUAAUGAAAUCAUGGAGGCAUGUUUAAAUGCUGAAAAUGUGGUGAAACCCAACCCGGCAAGUGACAUGCAGGCGAGGAAAGACUUCAUCGUAGCAAAAUACACAGAGAGACGCUUUGCCAGGAAGAAGUACCCUGACGCGACCUCCCGGCUGCACACGCUGUGCGAGGCGGUGAAGGCUCGGGACAUCUUCUCCCUCAUCCAGGUCUACGCUGAGGGCGUCGACCUCAUGGAGCCGAUACAUCUGGCCAACGGACACGAACAAGGGGAGACGGCUCUUCAUCUGGCAGUCAGGCUGGUGGACAGAACAUCCCUUCACAUCGUCGACUUCCUCACUCAGAACAGUUUAAAUUUGGAUAAGCAGACGGCGAAAGGCAGCACGGCACUGCACUACUGCUGCCUGACCGACAACAGCGAAUGCCUGAAGCUGCUGCUGCGAGGAAAGGCUUCCAUAGAUAUCGCUAAUGAGUCUGGAGAGACGCCGCUGGAUAUCGCACGGAGGCUUAAACACCUCCAGUGUGAGGAGCUGCUGAACCAGGCGCUGGCGGGAAAAUUUAACGCCCACGUCCACGUUGAGUACGAGUGGCGCCUGCAGCACGAAGACCUGGACGAGAGCGACGAGGAUCUGGACGAGAAGCCCAGCCCUCAUCGCAGAGACGAGCGUCCGGUCAGCUGUUACACCCCCGGCAGCAACUCCCACCCGCAGUCAGGCCGCGACGCCGCCAGCGCCGCUAAAGACAAGCAGCGCGCCUUCAUGCCCAACCUGGUCAACAACGAGACCUACGGCACCAUCCUCAGCACGGGCUCCCCCCAGCCGGCCACCACCGCCGCCGCCCCCCCGCUGCCCCCGAGGAACAUGGUCUGCCCCAGCCAGUCUUUAAUAGCAUCAGUGGCUGUUUGGAGGGCUGCCAGCAGAAAGGAGGAGAACCAGCCGGCUAUGUCGCCCACCUCCCUCUCAUCAUUGACUGUCGCUCUCAGUUACAGUGAAAUGGAAGCAGCUCGACUCCCAAAGUGGACGCAGGCCCUGACAAAGCGGAUUCUCUCUGACCCAUCUCCUUUUAUUUAUUUAUUUUCUUCCUCCUUGUUGUCUGGUGUAGUCCACCUGUCUGCCCUGGGAGGGAUCAGCCAGUCCUCGGCCUCGAGCGGCUGGAAACCGGGUUCUUUAGACCUGGUAGGCAGACAGAGGUCAUCCUCGGACCCCCCCAACAUGCACCCCCCUGUGCCCCCCUUGAGACUCACUUCAACUGGAGCUCUGGGGAAAAUGGAGGUUUUGAGCCUACAGUCCAAGUCAAGUCAGGGUCCACUGGGCUCCAGAGGAGCCGCCCCUAAAUCUCCUGUGGGAACCGAUAAAAGCUUCAGUCGAGGGAUCCUGAAUCGAACACAAUCCAUCGAGAGAGCAGCUAAGGAAGUACCAGGGUGCCCCCAGAACUCCAUAGGUCAGUCGCUACCUCCGGCCCCCAUGCCGAGAAAGGCCUAUCCAAAGCAGAGGCCAAAGCGAGUGAAGGCAAUCUAUAACUGUGUAGCCGACAACCCCGACGAGCUGACCUUCUCCGAGGGGGAGGUGAUCGUGGUGGAUGGAGAGGAGGACCAGGAGUGGUGGCUUGGCCACAUCGAAGGCGACCCGGGGAGAAGAGGCGCCUUUCCCGUCACAUUUGUCCACUUCAUCGUAGACUGA